AUGGUGGAUGCAGGGGCGCAGGCACCAGCGCGCUUUGUGACGUUGACGCCGAGCGCCAGACGGUUGCUUCCCCAGACUUUUAGAAAACUUCCUCCACGCACCACCAUCCCAUCCCACGCCGUCCCUCGCAACACCAUGGCACCCACCAAAGGCAAGCGUGCCUCCUUGCGCGCUAAAGCAUCCAAAUCCACCACUCCCUCUAAUGUGCCCGCUUCCGACGUCGCCGUGGCGAGUGGCGCCGCCGUCGACACACCAUUUUCCUCGUUCCGCGUUACCAAGAAAGACAAACGUGAGAUGAAGCACUCCCUCCUCAUGUCGAAGGUGCAAAAGUCCGCCGCCCCGAAGAAGAAGCGCCGUCCGAACAAGCAACUGGUCACAACGCUUGAGUCGCUCGCCGAUGCGCUACCGGACGCAGAGGACGAUGACGGCGCAGAUGCAGACGGCGAGGAUGGCGCUGUCGAGGUUGGACAGGCGAAGAUCAAGCACAAGAGCCUGAAGAGCAGGCCCGGAGCGUUGAAGAGGAAGCAGAAGCUUGAGCGCAUGGAACAGGAUCGCUUUGAGAAGAACUUGGCGCUCAUGUCUACAGGCGCUUCGCAGGCCCCACAAGGCAAAUCGCUAGAUGAUACGGAAAUGGGCAACGCCCCGCUGGCUGCGCCUACGGCCAACAGGUGGUCGGCUCUGAGAAAUUUCAUUGAAAGCACCAUGGAGAAAAAGAAGGAUUUCGUUUCUAGCUGA